AUGCCCCGCAACACCCACCGUUCUACUGCCUCGCAAGCUCGUAAAAGGACUCCAACUACCCUGCGCCUUCGUCUGUCCAAACCGCCUGUUCCGGAUGUUCCGGAUAAUGACGAGAAUCCAACUGAUGAUGAGAAGGAGGAUAAGGAGGGGGAGGAGGAGGAGGAGGAGACACAGUCAGAAGAUCCUCGAUUUCUGCGAACACCUACCCCUGAGCCUGAGAUCUCAUUCCGGCUGUAUGAACGGGUGAUUAUCAAUGGGAUAAAGGAGCCUAUAAAGAUCAAGUUACGGAAUGUCACAACAAAUGAUAUGACUGUCAGCUUCUAUCCUUUCAUUGGAGUGUCGGAUUCCCAAUUAACAACCCAGGCAUUGGCAUCAAAAAGAGCAUUAGAUGUCAAAGAAGAAGUAAUCUCACCACCUGCCAAAUCCCCUCUCUAUCGUCCUGCCAAAUCCCCUUGA